AUUUCCCCUAAUGUGGGGUACAUGACUGCUGAGCUCGUUAUUGCCUUUCUCUCCACCAUCGGCAACGUACUCGUCUGUGUUGCCGUGGGUCUCAACCGCAAGUUGCGCACAGUCACCAACUACUUCCUGGUCUCACUCGCGGUUGCAGACAUCUGUGUGGGCACCAUUGCCAUCCCCUGUGCCAUCCUGACUGAUGUCGGUUUGCCUCGUCACAACCUCUACCUGUGUCUGCUCAUGCUGAGUGUCUUAAUCAUGUUCACCCAGAGCUCAAUUUUCAGCCUGCUGGCGGUGGCUGUGGAGCGCUACGUGGCCAUCUUCAUGCCCUUCCGCUACCAGGUCUUAAUGACAUCUCGCAACGCUGUGUUGGUGAUCCUGACCAUGUGGCUGCUGGCCUUUCUCAUCGGGCUUGUUCCUCUCAUGGGCUGGCACAAGACACCGCCCGAUUCUGGCUACUGCUUCUUUGUCUUGGUUGUGGACAUGACCUAUAUGGUCUAUUUCAACUUCUUUGCUUGUGUGCUGACACCCUUGGUAAUCAUGUUCCUCAUCUAUGCCCAAAUUUUCGUCACGGUGAAGCGACAGGUGAGGCGCAUCGCGUCUGAGCAGAGAGGCAGAGGGGAGGGACAGAUGAAAGCUGCAGCCAGCAUGCGUCGGGAGAUGAAGACUGCUACGUCGCUUUUUCUCGUUCUGUUCCUUUUCACGAUCUGCUGGAUCCCGCUCCACAUUAUCAACUGCUUCCUGCUGCUCUGCCCAAACUGCCCAGUGCCGUUUGAGCUGCUGCUUACUGCUAUCAUCCUGUCACACGCCAACUCUGCUGUCAACCCCUUCCUCUAUGCAUACACCAUGACGGCUUUCAGAGACACCUUCAAAGCUAUUUUCUUGUGUUGCAGGGCGGUGGGUGACAGAGAGGCUUCAAAUGUAGCCAGCGGUGAUGACAGAGAAUGCUAA